GCGGAGUGUAGUGAGCACGAUAAGGGGCUUUAGCGGCAAUGCAAUAUUGUUGGGAAAAAUUUGUGUUGUUGCUAUUUGUUUGCUGGAACUUUUUUUUUUUUUUUGGGCGGGAAAUGUUUAUGUUUUUCUCUUUCCGCACAAAUAUUUUUGUACUUGUUUGACUGACUGACUGGUGCGAUGCGGCACACACAAGUCUGCUUGGUUUGGGUAUAAGGAUAGUGACUCGUUUGAAAAUCUCGACAUUCCACGCGUGGAUUUUGUGGAGUACGGAAGGAUUGAAAGUGCGUGCGUCUACACGGAACAAUUUAUUUACAAUACAAAACAAUUACUCUUAUUUGUUGUGCACACAAACACAUUCACAUACACAUAUAAAAAACAAACAAAUGGGUUUAACGUACAAAGCGUUGAAGUACAGAGACGUCAAAAUGAAUUUGACCAAAGCGAAGGCGGGUGGUGGUGGUGGUGGUGGUGAUGUUAGUGACGUUAGUGCUGAUAGUGUUUAUGGUGAGGGUUCGGAGCAGCAAGUCUCAGCGCUAGCAAUCGAGGCAAGCACGUCUCUAAUGGAUGCAACAACUGCCGCGGCGACGGAGAAGCAACAACAUUUCACUGCUGAUCACAUAAUGCAAUUAUGCUUGUUUUUGGCAGAAAAAUCCAGAGCAAAGCAGCUACAGCAGAAUCAGGAAAUGAACGCCCGCAGAUAUUAUGAGAACUUUCUAAAAGAAGCCACUGAUUUUGUGGAGGAUGAGAAAAUGCGCGGUGACAAUGAAUCCAGCUUACCUCAGACUCGGCCACCGAGCGCAAGUUACAAAUUAAAAUCCACGCAAAUCAAGCAUAACAUCUCAACAACAACGCUCCACCAAACAAGUCCACGCGCUGCAAGGCGAACGAAAAUAAAAUCAGAGAAAAUCUUAAAACAAGCCGUUUUAACGGAUACAUUUUCAACUUCAAGCAGCAAUAAUCAAACCACCAGCCUUAACUCUCUACCUGAAUUUUACGAAAAAUUAACGCAAAACGCCCACAACUAUCAGCAGUCGCCACAACACCAGCAACACCAGCAACACCAACAACAAGACAAACGUGAUAUUUUACGUAAAAUACGGGAACAAAUUUUCGAACGAAAACGCUUGCGGCAAGUGCUGAGUGGUAGCCAACAACAGCUUGGCAGCGAAUACCUGCAACCGCAAUGCCACCAGCAACCCGCGGGAUCGGACUACAGCAGUGUAGAGUUGCAGCAGCAGGAUGAGCUUCAGCAAUUGGCAGAUGUUUGGCGGCCUUGGUGAGACGCAUUUGAAUGGGUGGCCAGUAUUUUAAAUUUGCGCGCCAAGAAUUUUGCAUUUAAAAAAAAAAGGUAUCUGCUUUAACAAACACGUAGGUGAAAAGGACGUGGAACUAUGAGAGGUGAAGAUAUUUAUCUAAAGACUAAAAUUAAGAUGGAAAGUAUUUUGUAAAAUUAAAUUAAAAUUAUGCCGGCUACUUUAGAGCUGGUAUUAAGUGUAUGUGAACUAACUGCUUCCAAUAUUAUGAACUAAGAAAAAAAACAAAACGGAUUUGUAUUCAAUAAAUUACCAAAGAUUUUACA